UCUGUAUCUUUGGGCGGGGCGAUAGUGAAUGGGGAUUGCAUCGUAUAUCAAGAUCUGGACCUGCUUUUGGCCUCGAUCUCCUCUUUAUAUCGGAAGUGCCGCCCGACAUCGGGCCGAACAUCUAUCCCGCAAUUGAGGUGUAAUGCCUCGUCCCCGAAGAGCUGGGGCGCCAGAACCAAAACGGCGAAGUCGGAAAGGAUGCUGGCCCUGCAAGGCCCGCAAAGUGAAAUGAGAUAUAGCGGAGAAGAAAAACCGAUGUGCAUCAACUGCCAGCGGCAAGGGGGGGCAUGUGACUAUAGUGUCCGCCUGAAUUGGGGUGGUAGGACGAAGGGAACUUCUGUUGACGACUCGCCAAGCUCUCUGCCCAGUGGGUAUAUGGAGACCAUUAUGUUCAGUGAUCCCAUACCAACCGCAAGCUCCACGAAAAUACACACUCCAGCAAGCGAUAGUACCUCGGAUGGAUUUAUUAAUUUUCACUCUGGGGAAUUGGCUUCUUCAGGGCCAAUUUCGCCCACCACUUCAGCUCCAAUUGGCUAUUUUGAUUCCCGGAAGCCUCAACUUGCACCUGAAGGUUUUAUUUCACCAUCUCAAGUAGACUUUCGUAUAUCGUCCAAUUGGGUGGAGAACUCUCCUUUACCUUCAUCGACCUCGUCGGGACCAAUAUCGCAGUAUUCAUUUGGCCACAGUUUUCAUAACACAUUUCCAUCGGACGUGGACCAAGCCGUUGGUCAUCAGUCGCUUUUUGAAUUUUCAUUCCAUUCAAAUGCAGUAUCGCAACCAGUAUCCUUUCUUCGGAACUCCGUGGAUACGCCGAGUCAUUCGUCUUCUCAGAAUAGUCAAAUGUCUGAUGAUCAUGGAUUGGGGUUUCAAAUCCCUGCAAUGGCGCAUCGGGGUGGCCACCCUUCUUUCUCCAACUCCGGCGAUAUCACAGCAUUGGUAAUUGGUUCUCACAAGACAAUGAAACAAAGAAAUCUUAGUUCAACAACGGGCUAUGAUGGGAUGAAAGAAGUAGCAAGAUAUCCACCGCGAGCUGAGCCAGGAGCCCCUUCAAGUGAUGCCAAAGAGGGUGAAAAAGCUGCGAGAGAAUCUUCUUUAGCUCAGAGCAAAUGGCAGACUUAUCUCACGAGGGUGACUGACAACUAUGGCUUGGACUGCGGGCGUUCAGACCGAGAUUUGGGGUUGAACAACGAUCAUGCUGCGAUAGAUAUCAACUCUGCCAUGGAUAUGAUCAAUUCUCGGGGACGAUCCAGUCAUACUUCCUCACCAUCACAAGAGUCGACCGUGCAGGACUCCGACUAUGGCGGAUACUAUGCAUCCCCAGUGCCCAUCAACCUUCCAAGAUAUCUAUCUCCACUUCCAUCAUCCCUACUAGGAAACCCGAUCAACUUGAUGUACUUCCAUCACUUCUUGAACCAUACGUCUCGAAUGCUGGUACCACACGAUUGUGAUAAAAAUCCGUUUAUAUCGGUUCUACCUUCGAUGGCCACCGGUGACCCAAACCUCUUGAACCUGUUGCUUGCAUACUCAGCCAGUCAUCGUGCAAGGUACCUAGGACACCCGGAGCCAUCCAAUCGGAUUGCGCACUGGGUAAGUGAUGUUUUCCCAGCCCUUCGAAUGGCGCUAGAGGGUGCCCACAAGGCCAUUACCGAUAGCCAUCUAGCAACGGCAAUUUUGUUGCUCUCAUUGAAGAUCGUGUCCCCUGGAACUUUCGAGACUAGCAUCACAUGGCAGAGCCACCUGAAACUUGCGCGUGAUCUAUUCGUUGCCCGAAGUGAGCAUCUCGCCCAGCCUGGUAACCGAGUCGGAGCCUUUCUGGCUCGCUGGCUGGGCUAUAUCGACACCAUGGGAACUUUAUCCUGUCGUCAAGCCGGCCCCCCAUUACUGAUUUAUUAUUCUGUUAUGGAAGCUUGCUGUAGCCCUGAGAAUUAUGACGAGUUUGCCGUUGAUUGUUUCUCGGGUAUGACUCCACGCACAGGGCUGUUUCUUCUUCGUCUCGGAAGGCUGGUCCAAGAAUGCGAUAACCAGCGUUUCGACGAGCUGGGGAACUUUAGAUCGGAAUGGUGCCCAUCUCCAGACAUGAUCAUGGAAGCCCGAUCUGUCUUGGCAGAAAUUGAAAGUCCGAGUGAGCGUGCUCACGUUGAUCCAGAUCAUCAUCAGGGUGUAGAGUGCCAAGAUAUGAUUGGAAUUGAGGAGGCGUUCUUAUGUUCUGGCCUUCUUCAUCUGCAUCGGCGUGCCCUGGGCUCGUCGCUCGACUCCUUCCUGGUGAAGGAAGUCCUGAGAAGACUCAUAGAUGUGCUGGUGGAAAUGCGACUUGGUGCGUCGACUCUGGUGUGUUCAUUGUUCCCAUUGUUCACUGCUGGCUGCGAUACUCGCGAUCCGUCCCAUCAAUUGAAACUGCUCAGUCGAUUUUUAGUACUUGAGAAGUCUGGUAUGAAGCAGAUCCAAAACGCUCGACAAUUGAUGCAGCACUGCUGGGAAAGGAAUCUUACUUGGAUAGCCCUGGCUGGAGGGGAGUUUCUUGGGUAG